AUGGAGUUCCCCUCUCCAAGUGAUAAUCUCAACACAAUAUUCACAGCAUUAGCCUUGGCCGUCGUUCUCGCCCUCGCCCUCUACCGUCACUCUCACCGACGUCCACCAUUAAAAACCUCCACCACUCCUCCUCCGCCCAUGGCGGGAGGCGCAUGGCCAGUAAUCGGCCACCUGGGCCUCUUCACUAGCCAGAACAUCCUCCCCCACGUCGCCCUCGGAUCCCAGGCCGACGAACACGGCCCAAUCUUCGCCCUCCAUCUCGGGGUCCAUCGAGCCGUGGUCAUCAACUCAUGGGAGCUCGCCAAGGAAGUACACACAACCCACGACGUGUUCGUCUCCGAGCGACCGAACCUCACCGCCAGCAAGCUCCUCAGCUACGACAUGGUCAUGUUCGGGUUCGCCCCCAACGGCCCUUACUGGCGGGAGAUGCGGAAGUUCCUCAACCUCGAGCUCCAGUCCCCUCGUUGGAUCGAACUGUGGAGGCACGUUCAAGACGCCGAGAUGACUUCUUUGGUAAGGCAGGUCACGGACGAAGGACGACAUAGUGGAAGCUCUUUCGUUAAGGUUGAGUUGAAGAGGUUGUUUCGGGACAUGACGAUGAACAUGAUCCUGAGGAUGGUCGUUGGGAAGAGGUUGUUCGGUUGUGGUAGCUCGGUGGAGGAGGAGGAGGCGCGGCGGUGCAGGAAGGCGCUUAAGGAAUUUUCACGCUACUUGGGCAUGUUUGUGAUGAGGGAUGUGGUACCGUUUUUGGGUUGGAUGGAUGUUGGAGGGCAUGAGAAGGCUAUGAAGGGAGUUGCUAGAGAUCUCGAUGAGUUUCUUGAUCGCUGGUUGGAGGAGCACCGGAGGAAGAGGGCCAGCGGCGGAGGAGGUGGGGGAAGUGAUGAUCGAGAUUUCAUGGACGCGAUGCUUUCUGUACUCGACGGUGCAAACUUCGCCGCCGGGCAUGAUCCCGAUGUGGUUAACAAGGCGGCUUGUUUGAAUAUAAUCGCAGCGGGAUCUGAAACGACGACGGUCACGCUUACGUGGGCAAUUUCCUUACUUCUCAACAACACCCACGUCCUACAAAAAGCCUACGAAGAACUAGACAAAUGCGUCGGCAAGCAAAGACCAGUCAACGAAUCCGACAUCCCCAACCUCACUUAUCUCCAAACCAUCGUCAAAGAGACACUGCGGUUGUAUCCGCCGUCGCCGCUGUCGGGACCGCGCGUGUUCACAGAGGACCGCAUGGUACACGGCUACCGAGUCCGGAAGGGCACCCAGCUCAUUACCAAUAUCUGGAAGAUCCAGAGGGACUCGCACGUCUGGGCCGACCCGUUGGAGUUUCGGCCGGAGAGAUUCUUGGGCCGAAAUGAGCAGUUGGACUUCAAGGCCCAUCAGAGCUUCGAGUUCAUGCCGUUUGGGAGUGGAAGGAGGAUAUGCCCCGGGAUGGCGUUUGGGAUGGAGAUGGUGAAUUUGGUGCUGGCUGGGUUCCUUCAUGCGUUUGAGAUUCGGAGAAGUGGAGAUGAAUUGGUUGAUAUGACGGGGCGCCGUGGGUUGACUACUGUGAAGGCUAGCCGACUUGAAAUCCUGGCUUCGCCUCGUCUUCCUCGUGAGGUUUAUACAUGA